ACUGCUGCUGUUCCAGCAGAGGGGACACUUCACCGAUGAUCUCAACAGCAUCCAGCACAGUGGAGAUGGUAACUCAAGGCAAACUUGAAAUCAGUGAAGAAAAUGUUGAAGAGAAAAAUGCGGGGAGGUUGGGAUGUUUUGGUUGGCUGCUGGUAAUCAUAUCCGUCCUGUUUAUAGCAGUAACCUUCCCAAUCACACUGUUUAUGUGUGUCAAGAUAGUAAAGGAGUAUGAGCGAGCAGUCAUUUUCAGACUCGGACGAAUCUCAGAUCGAAAACCUAAAGGACCAGGCCUCUUUUUUGUUUUGCCCUGCACUGAUAACUUUGUGAAAGUUGAUCUAAGGACUGUGUCAUUUGAUAUCCCUCCACAAGAGAUCCUAACCAAAGACUCAGUCACAGUGUCCGUGGAUGGAGUUGUGUACUUUCGCAUCCACUGUCCCAUUUCGUCUGUGGCCAAUGUUUCCAACGCACACUCAUCCACACGACUGCUUGCACAAACCACUCUGAGGAAUGUCCUCGGUACCAAAAACCUUUCAGAGCUUCUGUCUGACAGAGAAGGAAUUUCACUAAGUAUGCAGAAAACCCUGGAUGAAGCCACUGAUCCUUGGGGUAUCAAGGUAGAGCGUGUGGAGAUCAAGGAUGUGAAGCUGCCUCAACAGCUGCAGAGGGCCAUGGCUGCAGAGGCGGAGGCCAGUCGGGAGGCCAGGGCUAAAAUCAUUGCUGCAGAGGGCGAAAUGAAGGCUUCCAGGGCUUUGAAAGAAGCAUCUUUGGUUCUAGCUGAAGCCCCGUCUGCUCUCCAGCUGCGAUACCUGCAGACUCUCAAUACCAUUGCUGCGGAGAAGAACUCCACGAUCAUCUUCCCUCUGCCUAUUGACACGAUGCAGAGUUUCAUGCAGAGAAAGUUAUGAAUCCUGUAGCCUGCAAAUGUUCUACAGCUGUCCACUGCACAGUUAUUUACUUCCUAAAAUGCAUAUUUCAAACGUGGAGGAAAAAGAGCUACAUGUAUGUGUUUCAUGCAAAUACAAACCAGACACUGUUUUUGGGUAUUUAUUAUGCUUAUUGUCAUUUAAUAAUUAAAUACGAAGUGCAACACACACAGCCAUAACCUCACGUUAUUAACCACAGCUAAGUUACUGUUUCAGUUCUAGGUGCGGGUGAAUGAAGUAUGCAAGAAAAACACACAAAAACAAUCUAUAUCCAACUUAUAAAGACAUGCUUUUAUGUAGACUUCCCUAAAGAAUACUGAAUA